AUGGAGUCCUCACAAGUCCUAAAAGAAACUGGUGACACGACGCGUACCGCGUCAACGUCGAGCUCCAACCAGCUAUUUAUGUCUGAAAGCUUAGAUUUACCAGACGAUACAUUCCGUAUGAGUUUAGAUUACAUAUCCGUAAUUGGCGAAAACGUUACUAUAUGCGACAGAGAAACGUCCGUUGACAGUGAGGCUAACAAUUUAGUUAUAGACACACUCACACCCUGUAAUACACCCGUCGAGACUAACAAAGAUAUACAGACAGAACCUCCACUACAAGAAACACCUAAGCGAUCUGAUGAUGUAAAAACAAACAAAUCAUUAUUAAAACUGUCACUAACAAAGAAUAUAGACGAUGGUUUUCUUAAACCGUCUUCGGUAGCCGAGAUUAUGUCUCCCGCUAAAAUGCUCCAAUUCGAAGUGGAUUUUGCUAAAAGUUCAACUCCGACUAUGAAGAGAGCGGCGAUAGAUUUCAACUUCUUCGGCGAGAAUAACUUCGAAGAUUCCGACGACGAAACAAACGCUGGCAUUGAGGAAAAAGAUCCCAAAAUGUAUAAAGAAACCCCAGUUAUCGUCAAGGCUAACACCGUCAGACAUCAAAUCGAAUACGCGGCGCCCUCUGCAGACCGGAGUCACUUGAACUUUGCACAAGUCCACUGCAGGUUUGAGUAUGCUCGCGAAUUAUAUUACGUGUCGUGUUUACUUUCGAUACAUCUGAGACGAUUCAAACUAAACAACGGUACUUUAGCGCAGCCCGUGCUGUCCGGGCUACAUGGUGUUGAGUGA